AUGCCUAAGUUAUUCUGGCACGAACAUCCUGUAAGUGCAUGGGAUGAAUACUUGUCCGGUGAAUGCGACUUUUGUCUGGGAAGCCUUCAAGAUCGGAGCUACUACUGUAACUCGUGUACAAGAAAAUGGCACCGCAAUUGCAUCCCACACGAACCCACGAUCAACCACCAAUCCCACCCGAAUCAUCCGCUGGAGUUUCUUGCUGACGGAAUACCUGAUUACACCGAUGGAAAAUGUCAAUUCUGCCUAGGCAUGAAGUUUGGUUACCACUGUUCGAUAUGCGAUUUCAAUGUGGAUGUAAAUUGUGUCAAGAAACCCCCAGAGCUUACAAUCAAUCACCACAAGUGCCAUGAGCAUACACUCACCCUUAUGGCGAGGGCCGUCUCCUUUGUCUGCAAUGCUUGUGGUACGCUUGGUCAACGAAACGCUUAUGUUUGUCUUGUAUGCUCUCUCAUGUUCCACAAGGAGUGUAUUACUCUGCCACGCGUAAUAAACGUGAACCGUCACAAUCAUCGUGUCUCAUACACCCAUUCUCUUGUCCAUGGAGAUCGGAUAUGCACAGUUUGCUACAAGGAAGUCGAUUGGAGGUACGGAUCUUACUUUUGCUUAAGGUGUCCUAGUUUUGACGCUCAUUCCAAAUGUGCAACUAGAGCGGAUGUAUGGGAUGGAAGCGAUCUCGAAGGUGUAAGUGAAGAAGAGAAAGAUAUUAGUCCUUUCAAGGUGAUAGGUGAAAACCUGAUAAAUCAUUUCUCUCAUGAAGAACACAACUUAGAACUCAUUGUAGAUGCAAAUGCUAUAGAUAAAGUACAAAGCAGUCGGUGUGAAGCAUGUGUUUCUUAUAUAGGUUACGAGCAGUACUAUAGCUGCACGGAACGUGUUUUCUUACUUCAUGAAUCAUGCGCUAACUUUACUCGUCAAAUGCGACAUGGCCUUUCCUCACGUCUUCUUGAUCUGGAAGUUGAGAAAAAAACUUUCAAGUGUUCGACAUGUAAAAGCUUCUCAAAUGGUUUUAAGUAUCAUGUACCUAGUAGGUACUCAUGGAUGGUGAUUUCUGGUGAUGAAUUCUCACUUGAUCUUAGAUGUGCGUCGAUACCAUGGAUCUUUGAUCAUCCGUGCCAUCCCCAUACCUUAUUCCUCACUUCAGUAGACGAUGACACUUGUGGAGCUUGCAACAUGUCGGCACGUCCUGUGCUAAACUGCAUUGAGUGUGAGUUUACUUUAUGCUACGAAUGUGCUAUUCUACCAGAAAAGAUAUAUCACAAGUGCGAUGACCAUCUUCUUUCUUUAUGCCACGCUGAGGAUUCAAGUGUUCAGUAUUGGUGUGAGAUAUGUGAAGCUCAAGCAGACCCCAAGAAAUGGUUUUACACAUGCCAAGAUUGUAGUGUCGUUUGUCAUAUUCAGUGUGCACUUGGUGGUGAUUUUGCUAAUAUCAAGACAGGAAUCCCGGCCAUCGAUGGCAUGACGGAAUUUGAAGUGGUUCUGAAUGGUGGUAUCACUCGACCACGUUGCUUCAAAUGUUUAUCGCGCUGCCAAGCUCCCGUUAUUUUACAAGGUUCUUCUGAUAACGGUGUUUUGGAUUAUGCUUGUUCUUUUGUGUGUUCAUAUUGGGAAAGUUUGUGGCAACAAAGUGUAUCGGUGCCGACCGAAGAGGACAUUUUCUAG